AUGGCGAAGGCUUUCGACACACUUGUGAGGGAUAUUCAGAGUCGUUUGCACAAUAUAUUUUUGAGAAAAGCAGACUAUAAUCCAGGAAAGAAUGCUUUGGUUACAGCAGCCAGAAUUCCUUGGUCAUGGGUAGCAGUUAAUGUUGCAGAGACAUUGUCGCAAUAUCCUACAGGAAUAACAAUGACCGUUUUAUUGUCAAUAUUGGAAUUGAAGAAACAUUGUUUAUUCAUUUACUGUUUCAGUUCAAUACAAGCCGUUUAUGAUAGCACUGCAGCUGAAUAUUUCCUCUUAGAAGUAAAGACAAAGUCAUGGGAGAAGAGCAGUGUAACUGAUGACUCAAAUAUGCGUGAUUUAGAUCUAUACAUGCAUCCAAAAUACAAUCGUUGGAUCACUUAUAGAGUUGAAUGCGGACAGCAAGAGAAUCAUAGUCAAUUAUUAUUCUUUAAGGACCGUAAAAUUAGAAUGAUAUGCCCACCAAAAGCCAACUCGCCUGUUAUUAAUAGAUAUGAAGAUACAACUCUUCCUCGCCGAUACCGUGUAGCACUGAUACCCCCUACUGAACUACUUCUUAUUAUGCUUAACCGAAACGACAAAGAAUUUGUGCUAAAAGAAUUCCCGCAUAAAAUCAAGCAUAUCUAUGACCCGGAUCUGUCGAAUAAUAAGUCAUUUGAAGCAGGUUUGUCUCUUUGGCUAAAAAUCAUUCAUGUUGAAGUGGUUGUCCAUCAAAACCCCACACCAAAUCUACUUUUAGCAAGCAAUGACGAUGGACGAAUGACCAAAGCGCAAAGGACCGAUUUAUAUCUUAUAGAUAUGAGUAGUGAUUGCAUGCCGGUAGUGCUAUCUUUGUUUGAUGACCAGACUCAGUUAGCUUCGAUUUUCAAAAGAAAUGAUUACAUUGGAAUAUACCGUCCUGUUAUGCAGAAUCAGCAACAGCAACAGUCAGAUAUCCCUAGUAGUCAACCGCAAGAGGUUAUUCUCGAGCUUGGAGGUGAAACCGUUAUAUUUUUGAUGCCUGAAAAGGAGGCACAAGACGCAAAUCUAGCCAAGGUUAAUUUGGCAACACAAAUAAUCGAUGAAAGUCAAGGAACAGUAAAAACAGAUCCCAAGAACGAGAUCACUGAACGUGAUGAAGAGGGUUUCAUGGACUGUUCCAGCUACAUGCCUAGAAUUUACGUCAAAGAUUUAGUUCAUCGUAUGCUAAACGUUACACUGUUGGGGAAGGUAAUCGGUCUCGCCAAUAAUAAAAUGGACAGGUAUGCGUUACGAAUUGCAGAUAAUACAGGUGUAAUGGAUGUAACGUUAUGGGAAGAUGCUGGUCGAGAGUCCAGAAAGUUGAGAUUGGGUCAGUAUAUUCUACUUGAUCGUUUAGUCACAUCUGAUAGGCAUAAAUCAAGAAACAUUUGGUACGUUAAUGGAAGCGCUGUCUGUGGCACAAAACUUUAUAACAUCUCGACCUUGAGCAGUCUAUUAUCCAGUUCAUCCUUUCGCUCAAUUAUACCCUUAUGGCAUGCUAAAGAAACGAAAAGUGACCAAUUUCAAGCGGAGGGAGUUAUCAUUGGGUGGAAACUCCAUUUACAUACGAAUUGCUUGUUGCCGUUAAAAAAACACCAUGAGGCACAUUGCGACUUCUGUGGAGUACCCGUACAGAAUAAUCAUGUCUUGGUCUUCAGACCAAGACCAACCCAUCCUAAAAAAAGCGGAGAAGAAUGGGAAGGCUGGAUCGAAUGGAGAUUUGAUGAUGGAACCAGCAGCUGUAAUAUCUAUGGAGGAGAAGAAUUUUUAAUGAAUAUUACUGCUCACCAUUUUCGUAACAUGUCUCAACAAUCGCAAAUUCGUUUAUUGAACAGUGUCAUAGGUGUUUCGAUUCGGUGUACACUCUCUGGAAAUGGAGCCUCAUCUUAUAGACUAGAUCAAUUGGCAUUUCUAGAGCCUACACAACAGGACACUACUGCUAAUAUAUCUUCUAAAAAAAUGAAAUUUGCUUUCUUCACUGUUACUGGUCUUCUUACAGCAGUUUCUAAUGUCGCUGCUGUUACUAUCGUAACCCCUUGGGCCCAAACUGUUUGGACUGCUGGUGGUCAUGGUAACAUCACUUGGACGACUACUGCCUCUGAUGCUGGUUUGAAGUGUGAUAUGUAUUUGCUUAACGGUGACUUCAAAAACUCAAAUAUUGUCGCUCAAAUUACUGAUCCCUCAACUCCUGUUGAUUGUUCGAUUGGAAGAUACGAUAUGCAUCCUUUGAAUGAUUUUGCUUCAGGUACAUACUGGGUUCGUAUCGGACAAGCUUCAACUGGCACUUGGUCUUAUUCCUCUGCCUUCCAAUUCAAAGGUAACGGAACCGCGAGUCCUGUCUCCAUUGCCGCUAAUCCAUCUGGCGUUGCUGCUGCCGGCGCUGCUAAUGCUCCUGCUCCUGCUCCUACUGUUACUACUCCUGCUAAGGGUGCAACCAAUGUUACUCCUACUGCUACUCCCGCAGCUACUAAGGGCGCUGAUGUUAGUAAACCAGUCGGCGCAGCUGCUGCAUCUGCUAAUGCAACUUCUGAAGGCUAUUCCUCUAAUUCAGUUAAUGUAAUGGCUCUUGCAUUAGGUGCAAUUGCCGCUGUUGCUGUUACACUUUAA